GUAUUAAGUAAUGAAAAAUAAAAUAAUUUUUUUGUUUUUGUUGUUUUUGGGCACAUCUUUGAGUGCUAAUAUCUUAUCGAUUCAGAUGGUGCCUUUUUACAGCCACCAAGUGAUUCAUCAUAAACUAUUAAAAGAAUUAAGUUUGAGAGGACACAAUUUGACAGUUUUUUCAACACAUCUUAUGAAUUUUAAUGGAUUAAAUGUCACUCAAUAUGUGUUUCCGAGACCAAAAGAAAAGGAACUAGCAAAGUUAAAGCUCUUUGAAAGUAAAUCAAAAGAAAUAAGCAAAGAAGAAUUUUAUUUAAUUAAUCUUUUUGGUGCAACUUUUGAUGCAACAAAGAAAGAACUUGAACACACAAAGAUUCGAGAACUUAUGUCUAUGCAAUCGGAUACAAAAUUUGAUCUUUUGAUCAUAGAGUGCGGUUUCUGUUCAUUGAUAGUGUUAGCAGAAAUUUAUAAUUGUCCAAUUGUUAAUAUCUAUGCGGCAGAUCCUACAAAUAAGGCGCAUGAACUAAUCGGAAAUUAUGUAAAUUCAGGUCUACAUCCAGAAAUUUACGCAGAACUAAUUGGAGGUGAAAAUUUAAAUUUUUUAAAACGACUCCAGUCAUUAGUAAUCGAAAACUUUAAUGUUAAAGUUCUAAAGACAAUUAACAUUAGAAUAAGUCAAUUUUUACUGGAUUUAAUAUAUCCAAACCUAAAAUUUCCUGACUUACAUGAGAUUAUGAUCAACCGACUUGCUAUUCUUAUUUCUGGUGAAUCAAUAAUGACCACUAAAGUACGCCCAACAGUUCCAAACUAUCAUCAAAUCGGUUUUAUCCAUGUUGAGUCGCCAAAAAAACUAAAAGAUGAAAGUUUAUGUAAGUUUCUGGACAAAUCAACAAAUGGAGUUAUUGUUGUGUCGUUUGGUACCAUUGCUGUUGACUUUCCCGGCCAUUUUUAUGCCCGAUUUAUUGAAGUCUUUAAAGAACUUCCAUUCAAUUUUAUUUGGAAGGCAGAUUUGGAAAAGUUCAAGUAUUUAAUUUUUCCGGAAAACAUUUUGUUGUUAAAUUGGCUUCCACUUGCUGAUAUUUUAGCCCAUCCAAAUAUCAAAAUCAUCAUAUCACAAGGAGGAUUGCGGACAAUUGAAGAAGCCAUUGAUCGAGAAAUUCCAAUGAUUUUAAUACCAAUAAAUUUUGAUCAGCCUUUCAAUGCUGUAUUACAAACAAAAAAUAAAAUUGCUUUUAAUUUGGACUUAAAUGUUUUCACAAAAGAAGAUUUGAAGGAAGCAAUAAUGGAAAUGAUGAAACCUCAAUACAAAGAAAACAUUAAGUGUGUAAAAUCGUUAGUUUACGAUAAAAUAUCAACGAGACUCGAUGGAGUUGCAGACAAUAUUGAACAACUGAUCAAACAUAAUGAAACAUUCCAUUAUCAGAUGUAUAACAGAAGACUCACAUCUGAUCAUUCUGAAAUAAUGAAUGACUUUUUUUUCAUGAUCGGAAGAUUUGUAACUUUAUUUAAAACAGUGUUUAAUUUUUUUUUGACUUAA